AUGAAUGAAGUGGAGAGCAGCAAUCGUGACCUUUCUCACCCAGACAUCCCCACGGAGGACCAGAUAGAAGAAGAAGCCAAUAGCAGACGAGGACUCCUUAGAUACUUCAGAGUAGCAAGGGUAGAAUAUACCAAGUUCGCCAUCUUAGGCUUGAUGUUUGGAAUAAUAGGGUUCAUAUACUCAUUCAUGAGAAUCCUGAAGGACAUGUUUGUGAUGGUGAGGCAAGAGCCUACAACAAUACUGUUUAUCAAGAUCUUUUACAUUCUUCCGGUUUCAAUGGCCCUUGUAUUUCUCAUACAAUACAUGCUGGGAACAAAGACAGUCUCUAGAAUAUUUUCUAUCUUCUGCGGAGGAUUUGCAUCUUUGUUCUUUGUGUGUGGAGUUGUGUUUCUGAUAGAGGAGCAGGUUUCUCCCUCGAAGUUUCUGUUUAGGGACAUGUUUAUUGAUGGGAAAAUGUCAACCAGAGGCCUUAAUGUCUUCAAGUCGAUGUUCCUGACACUGAACGAGCCUCUUGCAACAAUUGUGUUCAUCGCAGCAGAGAUGUGGGGAAGCCUUGUCUUGUCCUAUCUUUUCCUGAGUUUCUUGAACGAGUCCUGUACAAUCAAGCAGUUUUCCAGGUUCAUUCCUCCUCUUAUAAUCAUCACAAACGUGUCCCUGUUUCUUUCGGCAACAGUGGCCGGUGCUUUUUUCAAGCUUCGGGAGAAACUAGCCUUUCAACAAAACCAGUUUCUGCUUUCUGGGAUCUUCAUUUCUCAAGGCUUUCUAGUUGUCCUAGUGAUCUUCCUAAAGAUAUAUCUCGAAAGAGUAACGAUGAAAAGGCCCCUGUUUAUUGUUUCCUCGGGAUCAAGAAGAAAGAAAGCAAAAGCCAAUGUGUCCUUCUCCGAAGGCCUUGAGAUAAUGUCCCAAUCAAAGCUGCUGCUUGCAAUGUCUCUUAUUGUGCUAUUCUUCAACAUCUCUUACAACAUGAUUGAAUCUACAUUCAAGGUUGGAGUAAAGGUUGCUGCAGAAUACUUCAACGAGGAAAAGGGAAAGUACUCUGGAAAGUUCAAUAGGCUUGAUCAAUACCUUACCUCUGUUGUAGUCAUAUGUCUCAACCUGUCACCGUUCUCUAGUUAUGUGGAGACAAAGGGAUUUUUGUUGGUUGGAGUUAUAACACCAAUUGUAACGCUCCUAGCCAUUACCCUUUUCUUAGGAUCUGCACUUUACAACACCAGCAUGGAGGAAUCUGGGAUCGGAAUUGUAAACGGGUUGUUCCCAAGCGGCAAGCCUCUAUAUAUUCUCGAGAACUAUUCCGGAAUAAUAUUCAUGUCCUUGCUGAAAAUCACAAAGUACUCAGCAUUUGAUAUAUGCAAAGAAAAGCUUGGGAUGAGAAUCAACCCUACAUAUAGAGCAAGAUUCAAGAGUGUAUACGAUGGGAUCUUUGGAAAGCUUGGCAAGUCCAUAGGGUCCAUAUAUGGGCUCCUGAUGUUUGAAGCCCUGGAUACCGAAGACCUUAGAAAGGCAACUCCAAUAACCGCAGCCAUCAUUUUCAUCUUUGUUGUAAUGUGGAUAAAGGCAAUAAUCUAUCUGUCAAGGUCCUAUGACUCUGCUGUACAGCACAAUAGGGAUGUUGAUAUCGAUAUGACAGAUAAAGGUAAAAAAAGCCUGGAGGCGUCUGAGCAACCAAAAGUUGUAGAUUAA